UAGGGCCUUUCUGGCUAGCGCGCACACACAAACCUGCGAACAAAUCGAUACGCACCAAGCGAAUAUCUUCGUUACGCCUUCAUCACUCACAACUCGUCACUCUCACAACCGACACAAUGUCUACCGCCGAGCUCGCUUCGUCAUACGCUGCUCUGAUCCUCGCCGACGAGGGCGUCGAUAUCACCGCCGACAAGCUCAACACACUUAUCAAGGCUGCCGGUGUCCAGGACGUCGAGCCGAUAUGGACAUCCCUCUUCGCAAAGGCACUUGAGGGCAAGGACGUCAAGGACUUGCUCCUGAACGUCGGCUCUGGAGGUGCAGCUGCUGCUCCGGCUGCUGGCGCCGGUGCUGCCGCCGCCGGUGGCGCCGCACCCGCUGAGGAGGCCAAGGAAGAGGCCAAGGAGGAGGAGAAGGAGGAGUCGGACGAGGACAUGGGUUUCGGCCUGUUCGACUAAACGCGUCCUCAAACUCUCCGAACUUCGUUUCCUCCGUUCAGAUUUCAUGGGCCGGCGUCCUUUCUAUCACUUUUGCCAUAUGUAUACUCCGACAUGAGGGGGGUGGUUUUCAUGGAUGGGCGAAACAUGUACGGUCACACAGAUCAAAGAGUUGCGAGCCAAAAAGAGUACCGGGCUUUUGGGAAAUCCGGUGGUAUACAUUUGAUUUGCUACAUGAGAAAAGACAAUUAAACCCGGAGCCACUGCGCUCGAACGGGCGUGAUGUGACCAAUUCUAAUGUGCCUCUUUCUCCGUAGCCAUGCGUCUCCUCGUUUCGCCAUCUGCUUCUCUCCAAACUGUCUACUCUGUACUUGGAUCCUUGUAGUCGGUCUCAUCUAUUUCGA